AUGGCAACCUAUUUGAAAUUGACCAACAAAACAAACCACUUUCUCAAGACGCUUCCCAAGUUUGAUCCCUCUCAGUUAACCGUUGAAGCCAUUCGCGCCAAACCUGAUGUUGAGCUAUCAAAGAGCAUCCCUCGUCCCGAAUUUGACCUUGAACAAAUGACCGUGAUCAGCACUCAAGGUAUGGUCAAUGUUCAUAUUUACCGUCCUUCAGGUAGUCAUGAUGCUGUGCUGCCUGCUGUUGUCUACAUACAUGGUGGAGGAUGGACUACCGAGACAAAGGGAUCCUAUUCCUACGUGUGUGCCAAACUGGCUGGUCAGGCUGAAUGUGCUGUCAUUUUUGUCCACUAUUCCUUGGCUCCUGAAGCUCGCUUCCCUACUGCCAUUGAAGAAUGUUACGCCGUUUUGAACUGGGCAGCCAAUCCCAGCAAUUCCGGCUUCCUCAAGAUUGAUCCCACUUGUGUGGCACUUGCUGGUGAUUCCGCAGGCGCUAAUUUGGCUAUUGCUGUCUCUUUGCUUGCCAAACAAAGAAAGCUGGAGAAUACCAUCAAAUAUCAAGUCUUGUUCUAUCCCAUUACUGAUGUCACAUUCAAUACGAGCUCUUACUAUGAAUUUGGUACUGAUUUCGCCCUGACCAAGAAGCACAUGGAGUUCUUCUGGGAUCAAUAUGCUCCUAACCAAGCGGAUCGUGACAACAUCUUGGCCUGUCCCAUGAAGGCUAGUAAGGACGAGCUGUCGGGUUUGCCUCCUGCUCUCAUUGUCUCUGCUGAAGCCGAUGUGUUGCGUGAUGAUGCAGAAAACUUUGCUCGCAAAUUGAUGGAUGCCAAUGUUCCUGUUUCCACUACUCGAAUUCUAGGUGUCUUGCAUGGCUUUAUCGGUAACCCUCGAUUAUUCUGUGACGAAACUCUGUUUGCCUUGGAUUUAGCCAUCGCUGGUCUCCGUAGAACAUUUGCUGCCAACAAACAGUAA